AUGUCUCAUACAGCGCUUGUCACCGGCGCCACAGGCCUCUUGGGCCGCGAAGUCACCAGGGCCUUCAAAAAGGCCGGCUGGUUGACCGUCGGACAGGGCUUCAAUCGCGCAAAGCCACCGACUGUUCUGAAGGUGAACCUGGAGGACCCGCAGGAGAUAACGAGGCUGCUGGAAGAGUCCAAGCCGCAGGUUGUUGUGCAUUGUGCUGCAAACCGACAGCCAGACGCGUGCGAAAAGAACCCAGAGCAGGCGCGCAGAAUAAACGUCGAAGCCACACGCCGUCUUGCAGAGGGGACAUCAUCCCGUGGCAUCCUUCUGAUUUACAUCUCAACCGACUAUGUGUUUCCCGGCACAGAAGGCGAAGCACCAUAUGAGGUGGACGCCACGCCAAAGCCGACUAAUAUAUACGGUGAAAUGAAACGGGAUGGCGAGAUCGCCGUGCUCGACGUGGCCAAGGAGAGCGGACUAGGGAUUGUCCUCCGCGUACCCGUCCUGUACGGACCUGCCGAGUCGAAUAGUGAAAGCGCAGUGAAUACGAUUCUGGACGCGGUCGAAAAGGCGAGUAAGAAUCCAGACGCAGGGAUCAAAAUGGACGACUGGGCGCAGCGAUACCCGACCAAUACACUGGACGUCGGGCGGGUGUGCAAUGAUGUGGCAGUGCGAUUUAUCAAGGACAAAAAACAUAUUCAGUCGUUGCCGAAGAUUUUGCAUUUUUCGGCCGAGGAGAAUAUGACCAAGUACGAGAUUGCUCAGCGAUUUGCAAAAAUUCUCGGCGUGGAGAUUCCCGGCAUGAUUGCGAAUAAAGAAGGAAAUGACCCUAAUGCAGCUGUGCAGAGACCAUACAACACGCAGCUGUCGACAAAGGUGUUGAAAGAAAUUGGCAUAAAUACCAAGACGGUGGGAUUUGACGACUGGUGGUCAUUUUAUUUGAUAAAGUGA